AUGACAAAUCAACAGAAUAAAACAGAUUACGCUGCUAUUUUAGCUCACGGUAAACAGUUUUUGGAUAACAGUGACUCAGAGGCAUGUCUCAACUUUCUCAUUCCAAUCCUCAAAGAGCAAGAAGCUCUCGACGGCUUUGCCAGUGCAAGCUCAAACGGCCUUCUUCUCGAAACUAUACAACUGGCUGGUGAAGCCUUUUUAGAUCAAGGAAACACCCCAGAAGCAUACCCUCUUCUUCAAGUCGCUGCUAAUGCUGACCCCUCUGGCGGACUUGGAGGAAUUGAAAAGUUCUUAUGGCUGGGCCAAAUUCUGGGCAGCAGAGAUGGCAUCAAAUCCUAUGAGCAAGGUAUCGAGGGCCUGAAACGUGAGAUCUCUCAAGCUACAACAAGCAUAGAAAAUCCCGACAUCAUUUUUAAGAAAAAGAAACUUUGUGACGCGUACUGUGGCAUAAUUGAGAUUUGGAUGACUGACUUGUGCAUGGAACCUGAAGCCGAGGCCAGUUGCGAUAACCUCAUAACACAAGCAAUGUUUGUGGAUUCUGCAAACCCUGAAAACUGGAACGUCAUGGGGUCUAUUCGUAUCAGUCAGCAACGUAACGAUGACGCUAAAAGCGCUCUUUCUAAAUCUUGGGAUUUAUAUCACCAACAAUUCUCUAAUACCCCCUCUGCUUUACGGAUACAAGAGCAACAGCAACAACUAAUUCCCUCUCUUAUUCGAUUAGCACAAAACUCCAUGGAAGUCACUCUUUUCCGCAAUGUUGUUGAGAUAACUGCCGAAAUUCAGCGCUUGGACGACCAAGUCGCCGAAAGUUACUAUCUUCACGGUCUUGCUCGUGCUGAGCUUUACAAGAAACUUAUGGAGGAAGCAAAUGCUGCAUCUUCUCCAGAUGAACACAAUAGAUUGAUUAGAGAGGCAAAUAAAAAUGCUGUCCGUGCUCGGGAUGCUUGGGAAACACUGCUUAAACUUGUCACUGAGGAGCCUGAUCUUGUUGACCCAGAACUUGCCCCUACUGUGACUGAUAAUCUCAAAUCUCUUCCUGAAUCGAUUUCUUCUGAUGAUUAUGAUAGCAGUGACGAAGAAGAUGAGGAUAUUGACGUUAAUGAUUUAGAGUAA